GGUCAAGGGGGGAAGGGAAGGAAUUAUGUACAGUCUUGUGAAAAAGUACCUCGGAGCCGAGGAAAUGGUGCGAAGGGGGGAAUUUUAGAGGGGAUCAAUAAAGGGAUAAAUAGAGCUCCCUUCCUUUUCCUCCAGCAGAGAGAGACCGAGAGGGAGACGCUGGUUUAUCAGCAACGUGCUUUACCCCCCCCCCCCUUUUUUUUUUCCUCUUUCUCUCUCGGUCUGAGCCGAAAACUGAUUACAGGUUGCUUAUCGACUCCAGCACAAUUUCACCCCUUCCAGCAUAGAUCUUGGAGGGUUUUAUAUCGCAUCAAUUAUUUAUCAUAUUUUAUAAAUCCAGCAGCACUACAAUUUUUUGCCCCCGAGGAGGGAGCGGGCGGCGAUUGGCGCCGCCGGAGCCACGUGCCCGCGCGUCACAUGGGCCGGGAGGAAAAAGGGCUCCUUUUUGGUGUAAAUCUGGACUCUAAUUCCGUAAUAUAUCACGGUACCUCGUAAAACCGACACUAAAACGUCCCGACCUACAAAUCACCCGGCCAAAUUAUGAGUUCAUUGUAUUAUGCGAAUGCUUUAUUUUCUAAAUAUCAAGCCGCAAGUUCGGUUUUCCCAUCCGGAGUCUUUCCCGAGCAAACUUCUUGCGCUUUCGCCUCCAACACCCAGCGAGCGGGGUAUGGGGCCGGAUCCACGCCUCCCUUCGCCGCCUCCAUGCCCGGGCUCUACUCCAGUGGCAGCGCCGUGCACCCCCAGCCCCCCAGCAUGUAUUCCUCCGGUUACGGCCUGGAGCCGGGCUCUUUCAACAUGCACUGUUCCCCUUUUGAGCAAAAUCUCUCCAUGAUGUGCCCGGGAGAUGCCUCCAAGCAGAAUUGCAGCAAAACGGACCAGAGGGACUCAGAUUUGCAAAGCGACAGUAACUUCCGUAUCUACCCCUGGAUGAGGAGCACAGGCACUGACAGAAAACGCGGCCGCCAGACCUACACCAGGUACCAGACCCUGGAGCUGGAGAAGGAGUUCCACUACAACCGCUACCUGACGAGGAGGAGACGCAUCGAGAUCGCCCACGCUCUGUGUCUCACAGAGAGACAGAUCAAAAUCUGGUUCCAGAACAGGCGCAUGAAGUGGAAAAAAGAGAAUAAAACUGCCUGCUCCGGCUCCAACAGUCAGGAGAAACCAGACGCGGAGGACGAUGAAGAGGAAUGAAAGGGGCGAGGGGUGGAUGCAGGAAACGUGGAAGCCCACGCGAGAAGAAAAGGGGGGGGAAAACACACAGAAAAAGACUAUAUAUGAAAAUAGAUAAAUGAUAAGUGCAUAAAUAAUUAAAAACCCUAGGAAUGAUACAUUGUGUUUCCUGACACUGAAAAAAAUACUACCUAUAUUAAAGUCUUUUUUUUUUUUUUGUACAAUAGAAUGACUAUCUACCUAUUAAAUGUGGCUUUAGAGUCAGAAUAGACACAUUUUUCUAUGUGAGUCUUCCUAUAGUACAAGUAAUUUGUAAAUCUCCGUUUGUACUUCGCUGUGUACUUUUUGGUAUGAAGUAACGUGGUCGUGUUUAGCACCUUUAAUUUAGAAAAUGUGACCUGAAAGUCUGAAUGCAAAUUAUACUUAGCGUAUAUAGUCCUGUACAUAAUAUGAAUUAUUAUUACGCCUUCUCCCUGUAACCUCUGUGGUUCUUUUCUCCUUGCUAUGCUCUUUUGUCUGUGCAUAUUUUUACCUGGAUUUCUUCCUUGUUCAAGUCUCUACGAAAAAAAGAAGAGGAAUUAAUAUUGUGCUACGUAAUACAUUGUAUAUCAAAGUAGCAAAUUAUUUAAUGGCGACGCGUUGCUUUUUUU